GCAACAGCAACUGCAACACAACGUUGCCUGUUUAGUGUGGUGUUGUGUUAAUUGUUAUUUAUGUAUAAUAGUAUAUAUAAAUUUGUGUGAUAUUGCAACAACAAUGAGAAAAAGUUGUGCAAAUGCAAAAGCAUAGCAGCAAAUAGCUAGAGCGAGCGAUAGAGAGGAGCGCGACGAAGGAGACGGAAAGCGAAAGAGAUAAGGCAAGACGACGAGGAGAACUUUAAAACGGCGCUGUCGGAGUCAAAAAGUUUCAGCAAAAAAGUUCAAGCAAAAAUUAAAAAAAAAAAAUAAAACACAAACAACGACAACAAACGGUUUUGCAAUAGCAGCAACAAACAAACAAAAAAACAUAAAUACAACAAAAUAAUAAGAAACAACAACAACAUUUAAAGGGGUCCAAUGUUGCAGCAAACAACAUGCAGCAAACAACAAUGGCAGCAACGACAGCUUAGAGCAACAACAACAACAACAACAGCGACAGCGACAGCAGAAUUAUCUGCAGCAACAACAACAACAGCGGCAACAGCAACAGCAAGUGCAACAACAACAGCUAAAGCUCGUAGCUAUAGCAACAACAGCAGCAAGAGCAGCUGCAAUAGCAGCAUAAGCAUUAGCAACAUUCGCUUUAGCAACAUGUUUCCAGCCGGAAGACAUGCAGCCAACAACAACAACAACAAUACAACAGCAACCGCAACAGCAACAACAACGAUAGAUUUCAAUAGUCGCAGGCGACGCGGACGACUACGAAACGUGCCCAAAUGUUGCCAAUUAGUGCCAGCAGCAGAUGCAAAUGUUGCUUAUACACCACAACAACAACAACAACAACAAGCAAAACAGAAACAGAAACAAGCAACAAACAAACACCAUGCAACAAAGCUUUUGUUAUCAAUAAUGUGCGCGUACAUUGUCGAUUGUGUAAAUAUUUUAAAACGCUUAGUAUUAUUAACAUUAAAUACAACAACAACAACUCCAAUAACAACCACAACAACAACAACAACAACAGCAGUAACUACAGCUGCAAGCAAAAAGCAAGAACAAACAACUGCAAGCAAACAUCAAGCCGCGAAGGCAAUUGGUGGGCGUGGCCAGGCAUUUAAUUGCACACUCGUGUUGCUGCUGCUCUGCUGCCUUCUGCUUCCCCUGCUGGGCAGUGUCCAGGGCCAUAAGCCCAAAACCGCCACACAGCACAAGCAACAACACCAACAACAUCAGCCGGCUCACAAUAACGAUGUGACGGUUAAUAAUAUGGGAGGUGUGGCCGGUGUACCGCCUACUUAUCAAGUGAAAUCAUCGCAAACAUCGAACGAGGAUGAGGGCGAAUUGCUCUACGACGAACAAAUGUUUGGCGAGGAGGAGGAAGAAGGCGCCCAACUCAACGCCGCGAACAGCGGCGGCGGCAGCGGCGGCGACGGCAGCAGCGAUGAGGAUAAUGUGGCCAAUCAGCAUGGUAUCAAUGAAACUACAACCGACAAUUCAAACACCACGAAAACGCCAUUAUUUCCAAAAGAUCUAUUCACGAAAGAACAGCUCGAGAACGGCGCUGUCAUCCUGCACAUCAUCGGUGUUAUAUACAUGUUUGUGGCGCUGGCAAUUGUCUGCGAUGAAUUCUUCGUGCCUUCCCUUGACGUAAUCAUUGAAAAGCUCGGCAUCACUGACGAUGUUGCCGGCGCAACGUUUAUGGCUGCGGGUGGCAGUGCCCCGGAGCUCUUCACGAGUGUCAUUGGCGUUUUCGUGUCGUUCGAUGAUGUUGGCAUUGGUACGAUUGUUGGAUCGGCCGUCUUUAACAUACUCUUCGUGAUUGGGAUGUGUGCGCUAUUCUCAAGAACUGUAUUAUCGCUGACAUGGUGGCCAUUAUUCCGCGAUUGCUCAUUCUACAGCAUCAGUUUGCUGGUGUUGAUCUACUUUUUUCGCGACAAUCGCAUAUUCUGGUGGGAGGCACUCAUCCUGUUCACCAUCUAUAUUGCCUAUGUGACCUUCAUGAAGUGGAACGUACAGGUGGAGCAUUGCGUCAAGAAGAUGAUUACCAAAAACAAGGUGACUCGCGUCAGAAGUACAGAUCAACUUAUGCCAGCAGGUAAUGCUGCCAACUCAUCGGAAACAUCAAUGGCCACCCAGCCGGGCGGUUCGGUAACAUCACGAGCGGCCAGCGAGACCCGUUCGGGUCCGGCCGGUACAAGCAAUGCGGGCGCUACAGGUAAUAGCAGUGGUGGGACUGCUGGUAGUACACAGACCGGUGCAAAAUUCCGUCAUGGCCUAUUACAGCUAAUGAUACACACGAUAGAUCCACUACACGAUGGCAAAGUGGACGAGAAGGCAACGCAGCUGCAUGCCAUCGCCUCGCUUAAAGUGCUGCUGGAUGCCACAAAGCCGCAACGAGGUGGCGCCACCACCUCAGCGGCCAAUCACGUCAAGAUCAAUCUCAAGGAAACAACGUUGGCCGAUCGUCCCAAUGGCAAUAUCGAUACCACACUUGACUCGCCAUCGUUAAGUGGUCGACGUCCUAGCUGGAUUGAGCAGAGGGUCAAAAUUCAGACACGCAAAUUUAGCAUCAAAGCGCCCGAAAUCGAGGACGAACCGGAGCCCCUCAGCAUGGCCUGGCCGGAUACGGCCCGUAAGCGUCUCACCUACGUCCUGGUCGCACCACUUCUGGUCCCAAUGUGGCUGACAUUGCCCGAUACGCGAACACCGCGCGGCAAACGCUUCUUUCCGGUCACCUUUAUAGGGUCCAUUGUGUGGAUAGCUGCCUUCUCCUAUCUGAUGGUCUGGUGGGCCAAUGUCGCUGGUGAUACAGCGCGCAUUCCACCCGAGGUAAUGGGUCUAACCUUCCUGGCAGCAGGAACAUCCAUACCAGAUUUGAUAACCUCAGUGAUAGUGGCACGCAAAGGCUUUGGCGAUAUGGCCGUGUCCAGUUCGGUGGGCAGCAACAUCUUCGAUGUGACUGUGGGCUUGCCGAUACCGUGGCUGCUAUAUGGGAUUAUCUACGACGCACCCGUUGAAGUGAACUCGGUGGGCAUGGUCUGUUCCAUUACCAUUUUGUUUAUGAUGCUCGUAUUUGUGGUGCUGUCAAUUGCCUGCUUCCGUUGGCGCAUGAACAAGGGUCUGGGCUUUACCAUGUUUCUGUUGUACUUUGUCUUUGUUGCUGUAUCGCUGAUGUUCGAAUAUGAUUUGAUCACAUGCCCCGUUUAAAGCGUCCAGCAUAAAGACAAAGAUCAUAAUACACAUAUUGCCGAGGGAUCCGUGCAAUAACCAAUUAGCUAAAUUUAUAUACAAAACAAAUUAAUGAAUUAAUUACGAACAACAAACCAAAAAACAAAAAAACAAAUACCAAUGAAUUAACAAAUGGACUAAGCUAACUAAUCGAAUUGUUAAACAAAAUGCAUAAAUCACAAAUACAACACAACAACAACAAAAACCAAAAACACUAAACGAAAUCCAAAACAAAACCAAGAAAAGUUAAUAACAACAAAAACAAACAAGAAACGAGUUAGUUAGUGCUAUACAUGCAGCGUUUUUUCCUUUUUCAACAAAAAUUACAAAAAAAAAUGAAAGAGACAUUUACUUUAAAUGUUUAGCAGCAGCUUUUUAAGCAAAACCAAAACCAAAUACUAUUUAAAAACAAGAUGAAAAAAAAUUCAAAAAUCAAACACAAACUCUCUCUAUCUCUCUACUCAAACUAUGAACCUUACUAUCUUAUUCAUUGAUUACUUACUUACUAAUUAGACAAAACCAAACAAAAUGGAAAUGAAAAAAAAACAAAAAAAAAACCAAAAUGGCUUCCCAAUCAAUUACUUUACUUAAAAGUUUGGGUUAUUUAUUAUUUUUGAAAAAAUUACGAGUACUUCUAUACAAAUAAGUCUAUCAUGGCACAAGCACAUCAUAUACGUUAUGAAACAAGAAAAUCAAGCAGAACAAGUGUUAGAAAACCUUUUUUCAAAUUCGGGAUCUUCUAAUGCAAGCUAUUUUAUGAAUUGUAAUCGAAAUGCGCUAAAGCGCUUUUGAAUAUCUCCACAAAAAUUGCUAUACGUUCUAUGUAUUGUAUCAAGAAGUGAAUCACUUCAUCAAUCCAAGAGAUCUAAUAAUAAUUGUUGACUCCAUCGAGAGUCAAAUGAUGUGGAACUAACACUUGUCGGACUGCAACUCUUUUGAUUUCGCCUGCUCUACUAAAUUGUUGUAGCGAAACACCCAAAAAGCUUUACGCCAGAGCCUAAAUCAGUCUAGUUUUACUACUUACAAAAGAACCUAUAUACUAUAUAUACUUAUAUACCACACGCACACUUACAUGGCAUAUAUAUACUUACUUAUAUUGACCUAUAUUGAUUAAGUGAUAAUUUGCGUAUUUAUUAAACGGCAAAAUGAUAACUUUCAAAUAUGCUACAACUAUACUCGAAAAGCGAAAACAAAAAGAAAUACUUAUAACUUAUAAGGUAUAACAUUAUAACAUUUAAAAAAAAAACCUAAAAACAAAAGCAAAUCUAGAAAUACUUUAUAACAUUUUGCUAAGCAUUUGCCAUAAAUAAUUUUAAACAUGACGCUCGAUCGAACCUCUACAACUUACUUAUUAUGAUUAUUAUUAUUACGAUUAUCACUUAUGAUUCUUGUUGGCGUGUAAAAGGUGCAGUAAUUAUUAAAUUUAACUUUAAAUUUAAACAAUAUUUAUGAUAGACUUCAUAAAGAUUCGAAUGAAAACCAAAUAAUAAUGAUUUCAUAUACUUUUUGCUUAAGAAAACCUCCCCAAAAAAAAACAAAAGGUAUAUUUAUAUAUAUAAAUAUAUUAUAUAUGAGUAUAUAAACAUAUUUAUAUAUAUAUGCAAACAUUUAAAGCAACAAAACCAAACAAAAAGAAACGAAAACGAAAUGAUAUUUAAACAAGAAACAAAACUUGCUCUCUUUAUUUAGAAGUACGUAACAUUUUUCUAAACUAAACUAAAACAAACUAACACCUUUAACCGUAAACCGUAAAUCGUAAAUCGAAUAUCGUAAGUUGUCAACUCGUAAAAGUGGCCGCAAGCAAAGGACAAAAUUUAACAUAAAACGCAUAACAUAUAUACAUACUUAUAUACAAUACAUAUAAACAUAAACAUAUAUAUAUAUAUAUAUUUUAUAUAUAAAUAACAACAACAAAGUAAAUUAUAUAUGUAUAUAAGCAUAUAUAUACAUGCAACUAUAACUUAAGUAGGCAAUAUAUCUAAAGAUAACCCCAAAACCGUUUGCAUAUGGCUCGCAAAUCGAAGUUGAGGACACAACAACAACAACAUAAAAGAAAUAAAUAAUAACACACACACAUACACAUACAAACCAACACUAAAGACACACAGACACACACACAAACACAUACAGAACAGAAAGCAAUAAUUUUUACAACAAGUCGAGGGCGAUAACAUUAAAAUGAGAACUAGUGGCAGUGACAUAACCUUAUACAUAUAUACAACAUAAUUAUAUAUAUCUACAUAUAUACAUAUAUAUAUGUAUAUGCCUAAUUAUAUAUGUACAUAUAUGAGACAAUGUAUAUUAAAGAAUGGCCAACAAGCGAGAAGCAAGACGAAGGCAACUUUGCAAAAGACGUCAAAAGCACAAGAGAGAGUUAGCCCCCAAGUCGAGAAAGCCAUCGGAUAUACUUAGACGUAUAUAUAUAUAUGAACUAUAUAUGCACAUAUAUAUAUAUGUGUGUGAAAAUACCUUCAUAUUCAAAAAGAACGGUAUUGAAAUGUCUGCUCUUACACCCCAUGGGUGGUGCAGUGCAUAGUAUUGCACAAAUUAAUUAUAAUUAUACGGUCGGACAUACAUACGAGUGUAUAACAUAUACAGUGCAGAAAUGAACAGAGAACACCAAAUACUAAGAAACAAAAAACAUAAAAUAUGAGUAACAAAUAAAAUAAAAACAGAAAAAUAAGGACAUUGUAUAAUAAUACCACGAGGCAUACAUUAGGCACGUCACGCUAACUACCGUGCUUAGCAAAAAUGCUCUAGAAAAUCUACUAUAGUACUACAUGGCACCAGACCACACUCUAACAUACAAGUACUCGUAAAACUAGCAUUUCCAACUUGUAUGGCCAAAAUGGGAACACGCCCCAUAACGAGAAGGGGCUGAAAAAGGACACAGAGAGCGCAGCCGGUUAAUCCUGGUCAAAUUUAACUAAUCUGAGAUUUUAUAGUUUCGUUCUUGCUCACAUUUCAAUUAAUCUACUACGGCGAAUAUAAGAUCUUUCCAAUUCUUUGUAAUUGUCGACUAUUGUAUAUUAUUUGUUGCAAUUUCAAACACCAUUAUUUUUCCUAAUUAUAUUCUGGUUUCACCUUAAGUCUUUCUAUAGUUCUCUUUCGAUCUUCUACCUCCUGAUCGCUCAUUUCUCUCUAUAGUUCUGCUCUCUUGUGUAUUCACUCACUCGCUCUCUCUAGAAAUCUAUCUGCUCAGUCUUGUCCUCGCUCUUUUCGUAUCAUCCGUGCCCAGAAGAGUCUCAACAACUGACCCAUAGAAGUCAUACACUGCAAUUUUCCAACUCGGACGCUCACACGCAUUGAUCAAUGGGAUCGAGAACAAAGAGCGUGUCGCCGGACUUGAAGAGCGAUAACUUCCAGUACUAACAAAGCAAACUCAAGCUGUAUAUGGUUAAAACUAAACAAUAAUCUUCCAAAUUAACGAGUACAUACUUAUAUAUAUAUAUACACAACAAAUAUAUAAACAUUAUAUAAUUCGUACAUACUAAAUAUUUACAUAUUUAAAACAUGACACUCAGCACAUACUAUUCAUUCAAUACAAACACAUACUCGUACACUCGAACACACAGUCACCUAAAACAUAUCGCGCCCACUUUUUUCUAUGAAGUACGAAAGAGUACAAAACCUUACGUAGAACUAACAGUACUAUAUUCAAAAUAAUAAGGAUAGACAAAAUCAACUAACGUACGAAAUUUAUGAGAAGUUGUUAAUCAACUGCAUGGAAUGUUGAUAUGAUGGAUAGACGUUCGUUUCGAGGCACUUCUCUCAAUUCAAUCCCAAUAGAGCGCAGUACAAAUGUAAGCGUCUGUUAACAUUUACAGUACUAUCUACUAACUAACGACAACAAAUCGAACUCUAAUCAAAAGAAGAAUGAAUAUACUAAAAAACUUACUCGUACAUAGAAAACAAUAAGCAGCAAUCAAUUCAGAGUAGUUAGCAUCGAUCGAUCUACUAUAUCAUCGUUCAUCUCUUCAUCUUCAUCAAAUUCCCAGAUCCUAACUCAAUAAAUAAAACGCACACAUCCACACACCCGUCAAGUGGUCGUAGAAGUCUCGUUUUAAAACAAAUUAUAUAAGAUUAUAUAUAUAUAUACAAUAAAACGUAAAUAUAUAUAUAUAAUAAAUAUAUAUAUAUAUAAAUAAAUAUAUAUAUGAGAAAUUGUUAUGGUUAAAGAUUUUUAACAAGUUGAAUAAUUGCGUAAAACCAAAAAUAUAUCAAAGGAAAAUAAAAAAAAAAUUGUUGAAAAAUUAGUAAAAUUGUUCAUAACAAACGAAAGAAGCGUAACAGAACAAGAUUAAUAAUAAUAAUAAUAAAAUUAAAAAUUAAUAAAUACAGUAUAUACUUUAUGAAAUAUUUAACUUACAAAAUAAAAACCAUUGUUUGAAAUUAAAGAAAACUGAAAAACAAAAAACAACAACAAACACGCGUACAAUUCUUGUGUCUGCUAAUUUUAUUCUAGACCAAAUUUUUUAAGUUACAGCCAAAUGAGCCGUAAGUAUAAACCAAAUAAAUUAUUCUUAUUUCAAUUGAAUAACGCAACCAAUUGGCAACCAAAUUCCAACUUUCUAGUACUGUUAUAUGAAAUUAGCAAACACAUACACAAAUAAACAUUCAUAUACAUACAUAUAUGCACAGACUUACAUAACUGAUAAAUCUACCCCGGAGAUACAGAUGAGUUGGGAUAUAGCAAACAAAUCAUUCACCCACAACUCGAACUUGAACUACACAAUCGUCUGUAACGAAUCAGCACACAUAAUCAUUGAUUUCAGCUUUAAUUACCAUAGAUAAAUACAAGAUAUAUGAUAAAUAAAUAAAAUAUAUUGAUUUUUAUAUAAACGCAUAUAUAUUAUGUAUAUACCCACAGAUAUUGCCUAUAGUUGCAAACGAAAAAAAAUCUUGAUUAAUUUUUUUAAUUAUUAUGUUUUUUAAAUAUACAUAUAUACCGCAAUAUAUACACAACUUAUAUUCGAAAACAUACUAAUACAUAUAUAUAUUAGUGUGUGCAUAUAUUAACGUUUCAAGUUGCGUCCGUUGUAUAAUUAAUAAAUACAAGCAAAACUAAAAACAAGUAACAAUAAUAACCGCAGCUAGACUAGCAAUUGCAAGUUGCUUAGCUGUCAGCUUUCGUCUGCAACGAUCAAUCGCAAAGCUGUCAGUUUUCGUCUGCAAGCGCUCGAUGAUCUUUACUUUGUGUUGUUUUUGUAAGCUACAAACAACGAUUACGAUAGGCGAUAGCGACAAACGAACCGAUUAAGUCAAAAAGUAUCCAGUAAAAAAGUAAUAGUUAACAUAUUGGUAGACUAAUUUAAAGUUUUUAUAGCGUUUUCAAAUUUGUAAGUAUAUAACAAGAGCAAGAACAAUGCGUUUAUUAUUUUUAAUAGGCAGGAAAAACCAAUUUGGUAUCGUUGACAAGCGAGAAGAAGCAAAAAGAUAAAUUUAACGUAAACUUAACACAAAUAAUAU